UCGAAAAUGGACAAACCCCAAAAGUUCGAACAGCCCACUGGUCCGUUAAUUUUCGUUUGAAGUUUGAACGGACGUUUCACUUUCUCAAAGUCUAGGGUUCGGCGCUCCAUCUCAAAGUCUCGCCGGCGGUAUAUCCCUCUCUCCGGCGAUCUUCCUCUCGCCCUCUCACUUUCUCCAACGACAGCACUCCUUCUCUCAGCGCCUCUCACUUUCUCUAGCGAGCAGUACAACACUCUCUCUUCUCUCAGCGCCCUCUCACUUUCCUCAGCAGCGACAGCAGUCACAGCACUCCCUUUUCAGCGGCGACAGCCUCUCCUCUGACCUCUGCGAUUUGUUCAUUUAGGUUACCACUUGCAUUUCUUCUCUUUGUUGCUUCAGAAGUGCCAGCAUAUUCCUUCUCCAGAUAUGACCAACCAGUCUUUAGGGGGAAUGGAGGUUCCUGUUGUUGGCAGUGAUGCUGUGAAGUGGAUUGAAAUUUCUGUUCCUUCAGCAUGGACAACUGCUGAUUCUGCUGCUGCACAUCACUAUGCUCCCCUGACAGAGGAUGUUGCCUCUUGCCACAUCAUUGGAGAUCCUCCCACGUAUCUUAUAUGGAGAAUACACAAGAAGCUGCCCCAUGCACUUGAGUUGUUGGAAGUCUCUGCAUGCAAAGAAUUUCCAAGGAUCGGGCUGCGUCUCAUGUUCCAUGAUGCACUUUGUCCCUUUACUUUUAUAUGCAAAGAUGAGAACCAAGUUACCACUGGGAGCCCAUAUCUUCUUUAUGCUGUAACGGUUUCAGGAAUUGCUUAUCUUUUCAAACUGAGAAACCUUCAUGCUUAUGCAUCUUGCUCCCUUUUUCCUCGGAGUGAGCUUAUAGAGUUCAACAUACGGACCCAUCAACAGUCUGAAACAAUAACAGCCAUAACAGCAAUAAUGGGUUGCCUAGUCAUUGGGAGGAGUGAUGGAUCAGUUGGUUGUUUUCAACUUGGCAUACUUGACCAAAGUGCCGCAGGUUUCAUGCAUGAAUUGCGAGAUGAUGUUGGGAUUGGUCGUUUGUGGGGUCUUAUGGCUAGGGGUAGGACAGUUGGAGCUGUGCUGGAUUUAGCAGUACUGGAGGUGCAUGGAAACAAAUUGAUUUUUGUGCUUCAUGUUGAUGGGAACUUACGAGUGUGGGAUCUUCUAAGUUACACUAGGAUUCUGAGUUAUACAUUUAACAUUCCAACGGUGACAGGAACUACAAUCUCAAAGUUAUGUGUUGGUGAAGUUAACAACGAUAAGAGUUUAAUUCCUCUAGCUAUCUUAUACCGUUCCUUGGAAGUGCAAAUGGCAAUGAUUUCUAUUUGUAGCCUUCAAUUUUGUCUUGGGGACAAAAUUACAUUGUCAUUGGAGCCUUUCAUAAAAACAAUCCCGUUUGAGGAGGGGCGGAUUGUUGACUUGAUUAUUACUUCUAACAAAGUUUGGAUUCUUAAAGAUGAUGUGCUGACGUUGUACAAUUUGUUUCACACCGAUGAUAAGCUGGGGGAAACACACAGUUAUGGCUUGCAGGAAUCCUUUGUUGCUGAUGAAUUAUUCCAGGGUCAUGAACACUCUUUAGAUGAUGUGAUUUGGGCCAACCACUCCUUGUUUCCUUCAGUUAAGGAUCAGAUUGCCCCAUUUUUCUCUUCUAUUUUCUUGCGGAGGUUGCUUCGUCCUGGAGUGCAGCAAAGUGUUGCUUUAAGUGCAACCAUAAAUGAUUAUAACAAGCUACCAUCUGAUGUUGUGUUACAGUCGUUAACUGUUGACAGUCUGAAAGGGGAAAUCAUUUCAUUAAUUGAGAGUGAGGGAAUCACUGAAAAUCCAAUUUCAGUAGUCCAUUCAUGGAGAAAAUUUUGUAAUCGUUAUUUCCAUUAUUGGUGUGAAUACAAUAAACCAUAUGGUUUGCUGGUUGAUUCAUCAACUGGUACAGUUGGUUUGAUCAGGAGAAAUUCAAUAUCCUUAUUCCGUCAUUUAGAGGAUAUUGAGCUUCUUAUCUAUGGUUGUUUUGAUGAAUAUGGUGAUUCUGUAAGUUCUUGGUUAGAUUUGCCAGACAAUGAUCUUGAUCGAGAGAUUAUUUUUGAAGUACUUAGAUGUGUUAGCAAAAUUAACCAACAAUUGGGCAAAGCAGCUGCUUCUGUAUUCUACGAGUCACUUGCCAGUGCACCAAUUAUCUCAUCUGAAGUUAUUGUUCCUUGCUUACUUAAGAUUCUUGAAACUGGAUAUAGUUCAUCAAUAGAGGCAGUCAACAUAUCAUCCCUAGUUGGAGCAGAUACUGCCUUUGAAAAGGAAUUAGCGGAUCACAAAAGGCAGAGGGAAUUCUCAGUUGAUGUGCUGUUGAUGAUUCAUGCUGUCUAUAACAAAGCAACCACAUGGGACAGAGUUUUGAAUGCCAUAGAAAACUACCUAAAAUUUCUUGUCCCUCGUAAGAGCUUAGAAAGAUUGGAUUCUAGUGCAGACUUUAGCAUGAAUACAUCCAUAUUGGUUCAGGCUGCUUCUCAAGUUGCUAAAAUGAUGUUUGAAUCUGCAUUUGGCAUCCUUCUGCUAUUGGGCUAUCUUGUCAAUAUCAGUGGCCAGGUCCUUAUGGCACAUGAAGAUAUCUCUAAAAUUCAACUUGAGUUGAUUCCAAUGGUUCAAGAAAUUCUUACAGAAUGGCUUGUGAUCCAUUUCUUAGGAACUACUCCAUCUGAAUCACAGGCCUUGCAGGAUUUCAGUUCUCAACUUUCAUCACUACAUAUUGACAGCAAUAAUGAUAAUAUAUCAUGGAAUGAGAAGCUUGGUACUUGCAACUUCACACUGGCUUGCAUACUUUUGCCUGAUAUAAAAUGUUCCUCCGAUUAUCGGGACUACCUUUCUUCAAGAUCUUUUCCUAGCCCGAACAACAUUAUCAGUGCAUUACGGAACAUAAGCAGCUGGAUUAUUUGGGGUAAGACAGGGGAAGAAUCCUCAUCUUUCUUCAGCCGUUCAACUGAAAUUGCAUUGAUCCUGCUUAGGCAUGGACAAUAUGAAGCUGUUGAGAACCUAUUUGCUAUUGUUGAUGGACAUUCAUGUAAAGAAAGGAUACCCCAGAGUGUCCAGGGCUCUGAUGGCAUAUGGUGCAUGCACCAUCAUCUUUUGGGGUGCUGCCUUCUUGCACAAGCGCAAUGUGGAUUACAAGGAACUUCAAAGGAAAGGAAAGUUCGUGAAGCUGUUCGCUGUUUUUUUAGAGCAUCAUCGGGACAAGGAGCAUUACAAGCUUUACAGAGUUUGUCCUUUCAAACAGGACUGUCAAAUCCUGGUCAUAUCUGGAAGCUUCUUUAUUAUCAGUGGGCAAUGCAGAUUUUUGAGCAAUAUAAUAUGAGUGAAGGUGCUUGCCAGUUUGCUCUUGCUGCACUUGAGCAAGUAGAUGAAGUUCUUGGUCUGAAAGAUGAGAUCUGUGAUGGGGAUCCUUUUAAUGAACCUGCAACAACUAUUAGAGGGCGACUUUGGGCAAAUGUCUUCAAGUUUACUCUAGAUCUUCACCGCUAUUAUGAUGCAUAUUGUGCUAUAAUUUCAAAUCCAGAUGAAGAUAGCAAAUACAUCUGUCUUAGGCGUUUCAUAAUUGUUCUUUGUGAGCAGGGCAUCAGUAAGACACUUUGUGAUGGACAACUGCCAUUUAUUGGGCUAAUGGAAAAAGUUGAGCAAGAGCUUGCUUUAAAGGCAGAGCGCUCAGAUGUUGCAGCAAAACCAAAUCCAUACAAGUUACUUUAUUCUUUUGAAAUGCAUCGGCACAACUGGAGAAGGGCAGCUAGUUAUAUGUACAGAUAUACAACUCGCUUGAUGAAUGAAGCUACCCCGAAGGAUGACCAACAACUUUCCAUAGUUUUGCAUGAGAGGCUGAAUGGAUUAUCUGCAGUUAUCAAUGCCUUGCAUCUUGUUGGUCCCACAUAUUCUUGGAUCGACCCUCACAUUGAAGGCUACUCUUGUUUGGAUGAGCAUUAUCCACACAAAAGGGCCCGUACAUUUUGCAAUGAGAACUCUGUUACCAGCAAUGAUGUUCAAUCACAGAAGGUACAAUAUAAUAUUGAUAUUGAAAAGCUGGAAAAUGAGUUUGUUUUGACAUUGGCACAGUAUUUACUUUCAUGUGCAAAUGCAAAAUCAACAUUUACAGGAAAUCAAAAACUCUCAUCAGAUAUUGUGGACCUGUUGAUUCAGACAAAUUUAUAUGAUAUAGCAUUUACAAUUCUUCUGAGAUUUUGGAAGGGUUCAGGAUUGAAGAGUGAAUUGGAACGAAUCUUUGUUGCUAUAGCACUGAAAUGUUGUCCAAAUGGAGUAGUUUCCACAUUUAAUGGGAAAAGUUUCAGAAUGCAAGGUCUUGUUCUGACCUCAUCAGCCAAUGAAACAUUUAUUCAAGGCGCAUCUCUAUCUCAGCAGUCAAGUGGGAACUUCCAGUGGGAACAACUCAAGAUUUAUCUUGAAAAAUAUAAGAAGUUACACACAAGGUUACCGGUAAUUGUUGCAGAAACACUUCUGCAUACUGAUCCUCAGAUUGAAUUGCCUCUUUGGCUAGUACACAUGUUCAAGUUUCGUCAAAGGGCUUGGGGGAUGACUGGACAAGAAGCAGAUCCUGCAUCUCUAUUUCGACUAUAUGUUGAUUAUGGUCGGUAUGCAGAAGCUACAAAUCUUUUGAUCGAGUACAUUGAGGAAUUUGCAUCUCUGAGACCAGCCGACAUAGUUAACCGAAAAAAAAUGUCUGCCAUUUGGUUCCCAUACACGUCAAUUGAGCGCCUUUGGUGCCAAAUUGAGGAGUUGAGAAGUUCAGGGCACAUGAUUGAGCAAUGUGAUAAGCUCAAGAAGUUGUUGCAUGGAGCUUUGCUGAACCAUCUGAAACUAGUACAGGUUGACUCGCAUGAUGCACUGUCUUCUGUGUUCUGAUUGUAAAUUUCAAUAGUAGCUCUCCACUGCACAUUUCAGCAUCCAGGAUUUCACGACCGUUACAGUGCCAAGUAAAUGGUGCUACAAGGGGAACACAAAUGACAAGUCUUCUGGCAGUUUUACUCACAGGGUCCGGGCAUUUUUUUGGCUUGCUGGCCUGUCAAAACCAUCAGGAAAGCCCCCUUCCCUUCAUUUCUUUUGGGAUAAGCAGCUGACAAGCAGUCAUGUGCCUAUAAGGUCCAUGCACCAAGUCCUUGCAGUUUUGAUUGCUCAUAACCAACGUAUUAGAACAAUUUGGAAGAAAGCUUCAUUUCACUGCUUUGCAUAGUAUCGGUUCCCCAUUACAUACUUGUGUUACGGUCAAGUCCCAGUGUAAACCUGCAAUAUCUUGUAAAUUGUAAUGACCAUCGAGAAUAUCAGUUUCAAUUUGUAAGCUGUUUUCAGACAUAAGCAGCAGAGUUUCACCAAAUUAUAGAAACUAGGGCCUUUCUUUUA